UCCCUCUGCGUCAGUCUUCCUGCAGUUUGGGCGGAUCCCAUCCGCCCCCCCGGGUGAAACGGAGCCAGCUCGCUUUGUGCACCGUUUUAGUCCAGCUGCUGGUACUUUCGACAUUAGAGAGCAAGUGAUAUCAUAGGAGCAGAACAAGAAAGCAUAAUGUGCAGACAGCCCAUGCCCGAGCCCAUUUGUCUGGUGGAAAAUAUAAAUGGGUCACUGCAUGUGAAUGAUGGUGCCAUUAAUUACCUUUAUGGGAUUGACCAGCCAGUGGUGGUGGUGUCUGUGGUGGGGCUCUACCGCACAGGGAAGUCUUACCUCAUGAACCGCCUGGCAGGAAAACAAACUGGCUUCGCUCUAGGCAGCACCAUUGAGUCGAAGACUAAAGGUAUCUGGAUGUGGUGUGUGCCACACCCUACUAAAGCAGAACACACACUGGUACUACUGGACACUGAGGGACUGGGGGAUGUGGAUAAGGGAGACUCUAAAAACGAUGCCUGGAUCUUCUGCUUGGCUGUUCUGCUAAGCAGCACUCUGGUCUACAACAGCCGUGGGACCAUCGACAACACAGCACUGGAAAAGCUGCACUAUGUCACUGAGCUCGCAGAGCACAUUAAGAUCAAAUCACCUUCCCCAGCAGGAGAUGAAGAUGAGGAUGAGCAGAACGACUCUAAGUUUGUGCAGUAUUUCCCAAAUUUCAUCUGGACGGUGCGAGAUUUUGUUCUAGAGCUAGUGAUCGAGAAAAAGGGUCAAAUCACUGAGGACGAGUACCUGGAUUUUGCCCUUAAAUUGAAGAAAGGCUGCAGUAAGACAAUAAACAAUUACAAUCUUCCAAGGCAGUGUAUUCGGAGCUAUUUCCCUACAAGGAAGUGCUUUGUGUUCCCGUUGCCGGCCUCCCAAGACAACAUGGCUCGCCUUGAGAGCCUGGACGAGCGUCAUAUCUGGCCAGACUUCCUGAAGGCCACACAGCGUUUCUGCGACUAUGUCUUUAAUGAGAGCAAUGUGAAAACACUUAAAGGAGGACACAGAGUCACCGGGAGGAUGUUGGGUCAUCUGGUGAAGUUGUACGUGGAUACAAUCUGUAGUGGCAAAGUGCCGUGUCUGGAGAAUGCUGUGGUCACCAUGGCACAGAUAGAGAACCAGGCCGCUGUACAGGAAGGGCUUAAAGUGUACCAAAGUGGAAUGGAACAGGUGAAGAGUUUGUUUCCAGUCAGUACUGAUAAGAUUUCUGCUGAACACCAGAGGUGCAGCAAUGUGGCAACCACUGAAUUCAUGAAGCGCUCUUUUAAAGAUGAAACAAAAGAGUACCUUAAAUCACUGUCGGAGGAAGUAGACAAAUAUUAUUUUGAACUUCUUGAUCAGAACAUGACUAUGUCAGAGAUGAAGUGCUCAAAGCUGCUGUCUGAUCUGUAUAAGGAUAUGAGUGAACACCUGCAGCAGGGAGAAUACGCAAAACCUGGAGGAUAUGAACUCUACUGUAUACACAGAGACAACAUAAUCACCCAGUACCACAGACAGCCCGACAAAGGAGUCAAGGCUGAGGAUGUGUUAGAGAUGUUUCUGAGUGAAAGAAGUGUGGAAGCAAACUGCAUUCUCCAGGCUGACAAAAGACUAUCUGAAAAUGAGAAAAAGAUUCAAGAAGAGAGAGAAAAAGCAGCUCUGAUAGAACAGCAGAAAAAGGCAGCAGAGGAGAAACAGAUGGAGAUGGCACGAUUGAUGGAGGUGGAGAAGAAGAGUCAACAGGAGCGGCUGCUGCAGAUGGAGAGGAAGUUUGAGGAGGAGAAGCAUUUGCAACAAGAGGAGCUGAACAAAGCUGUGAAUAGCAAACUGGCCGAACAGAAAGAUCUCCUGGAGAAAGGUUUCAAGGAGAAGGCUGAGGUUAUGGACCAAGAGAUACAGCAGCUUAAAAAAGAGAAAGAAGAAAAUUCUUUUUUUAAGGAGGUUGUAAUGCCCCUUGUGGACGUCGGCAAAGAAUUGUUUUCCUCCAUCCUCCAGUAUAACCUUGUGAGGACAAAACUGAAAGGCUUGCAAAAUAAUUCUCAACUAAAAGUAAAAUUUAUUCGAGCAUCCGGGAGAAAUGAGAAUGAGAACAAGAAGAGAAAUAUAGCCGCAAGCGGCGAUGAGCGGGUUCAAGCACACACAAGCAGUACAAGCCCUUCAGCAGUUUAGCCCAUCAGGCCUAAAAAGGCCUCAAGCUGUUUGUUCGCAGGCAGAGUGAAUAGAACUGAAGGGAGCUCAGAUCAUGAAAAGGCCUUCAUUUGCCAUAAACAGCAAGCAGACGUCUUUACCCACAUUAUAAGUUUCCAUUCAUAUGUACUGAGCUACACUGGUUUGUAGAACAUAGAUCUCAGAACUACAUGACUAAUGGCAACAUUUCUCACACAGUACCACUUGCACAGUGGACUGGUUCAGUAUUUAACCCAUUGAAUUGAUGUAGGCAAUAGUGAGGCCUAAUGCAGUCAUAAUGGGCCCUUUAGGUGUAGAGAAGCUCAGUGAAACUGGGUCAGAAUCAGUCAAAAGGCCUCAAUAUGAUGUCAUUAUUGAUCAAGGACUAAAACCAUAGACGUUUAGCAGGUUUUAGUCAGAAUGACCUUUUGACCUUUGUAUAAUAGGCCUUUGUAUAGUGAAAUCUUUGAACAAAUAAGGCAAAAUACCAGACAAGCCGUACAAUUUUUGACAUGACAUGCAAUUAGAAAGUUGUUCAGGUGAGUGAACUGAGUCAUAUGGCACCAAUUGUUUGUUGAUCAACAUUGUAAUAACAUUGUAGUACCAAUUUAAUUGUUUUUGAAGUGUAUUUUGAAAUGGAAACUUUGUCUGCUUGUAAAAAGUUAUUUCAGGGCCUCUUGGUUCAACCUAAUGAACAUUAUUUGCCUUCAUUAUUUUGUGCUUAUGAUCAUUUUAACAGACAUCAGCGUCAGACUAAUUAAUAGCAUUCUAUUACAAGAUUGGUUUACCAAGAGUGACACUGGAGUAUUUUCACCUAAAAUGAGUUAAUGAAGCAAGAGUCUUGUUGCAAAAAUGGUAACAGGACAGAGUCAUAAUUAAUCUUACUAGUUAAUAGUACUAAUUAAUAGUACUUUUUCUUUCGAUAUUCAUGUACAUUUGAAGCCAAAUACUUUUGCACUUUUACUUAAGUGGAGGUCCAAAUGGAGGACUUCUACUUUAAUAUUUUAAUAUUGAAGUAAUAUUUUACCUUGGGUAUCUCUACGCUAACUCAAGUACGUGAUAUACACAUAUGUACUUUGUCCACCCCUGGAAACAGAAGCUACAAUUCUUCUGUUGAUCUCUAUGAAUUCAAAGCGUUAGAAGAGGGAACAUGCAAAUCUCUGCAGAAUUGUGGCCUUCCAGGGCUUGAGUCUGAAUCCAGUGGUUAAAGGUAGACUGUCUGUCAUGUAAAAAGUUCUAUAAAACUGCAAUGCUGUUUCAGCUGCAUUUGAAUUUCAAAGGAUGCCAAUCAUACUUAGAAUGUCAAAUCAAUUUCUCAUUUCAUACUUUAAGUAUUAAUCUUUUACUCCAUUACUCUUUAUCACUGAACAACCCAGUAUAAACAAAAGAUAAGAAUAUUAAGCAUGAUAUGUACAGAAAUAUGCUGGAGGGAAAAAAAACAUAUGUCUGGAUAAUUAAUAAGAAUGUGUGUAGUAUCUGUGUGCACAUGCACAUGUGUAAGCAGGGACAAUGUCUUAGUAUCAUUUUGAGAAUUAAGUACUAAUUGUUCAGUAGCUUUAUGCAAAUGAAACAUGCUAUUUAUUCGGUAGCUUUACACUCAUGAAACAUGUUUCGCACUGAUGAGCAGUGACAUUUGACUGUAAGUCAAAACUGCUUUUUGCUCUUGCCUACCAGAUGGCAACCUGGUAAACAAACAAAGUGACUACAGACCGCUGUGAUUUUGUGAGUCUUUUUCUGACACAUUAGACAUCUGUAUACACACACUUAUACACACACAGACGUGUUGAAGUGCAACAAUAGGGUAGAGUUCAUUUCUUGUGAUUAUGAGUGUACAGAAUUAUACAAUAAAAUGAAAGACAAUUA